CAGGAAUAGAUCUGGGAUGCAGCCCUGAGGUGCAGGGAGAGAUUUGGGAUGUGGGGGGCGAUUUAGGGGUGCAGAAGGAGAUUUGGGGCACGCACCUGGGGGUGCAGGUGCCCCUCCCUUUCCAGAGGCCAGGCAGUGCCACGUGGCAGGUCUGGCCCUGGCCCAGGUGGCCUCCAGCUGAGGAGUUUCAGCCCGAUCACAACCAAACACACCCCUUUUUCCGCUCCCCUUUUUGCCAGAAAGGCAGAAAUUUUCCCCCAGAAAAACAAUCCCACCUGCCUGGGAUGUGGGUGAUGCUCGUGAGUGCUCACACCAGGGUGGUCCAUCCUGAAGUGCAUCCCCAGGUGAUCCCAACUUGUCCUCCCUGCAGGGUUUUGGCCAUGACGGAGGUGACCAAGCGCAUCCUGGUGACAGGUGGCACUGGCUUGGUGGGCAGAGCCAUCGAGAAGGUGGUGGCCGAUGGAGAGGGGCAGCCGGACGAGGAGUGGAUCUUCGUGUCCUCCCGAGACGCUGACUUGACGAGCAGCUCCGAGACCAAAGCCCUGUUUGAGAGGCACAAGCCCACCCACGUCAUCCACCUGGCCGCCAUGGUCGGAGGCCUCUUCAAAAACCUCCGCUCCAACCUGGAUUUUUGGAGGACAAACAUCCACAUCAAUGACAAUGUCCUGCACUCAGCCCACGAGUUGGGGGUGCAGAAGGUGGUCUCCUGCCUCUCCACCUGCAUCUUCCCAGACAAGACCACCUACCCCAUUGAUGAGACCAUGAUCCACAACGGGCCACCUCAUAGCUCCAACUUCGGCUACUCCUAUGCCAAGAGGAUGAUUGAUGUCCAAAACAGGGGUUAUUCCGAGCAGCAUGGCCGACGUUUCACUGCCGUGAUUCCCACCAACGUCUUCGGGCCGCACGACAACUUCAACAUUGAGGACGGCCACGUCCUGCCUGGGCUCAUCCACAAGGUCUACCUGGCCAAACAGUCCGGCUCUGCUUUGACCGUCUGGGGAACAGGCAAGCCCAGGAGACAGUUCAUCUAUUCCCUGGACCUGGCCCGACUUUUCCUUUGGGUGCUGCGGGAAUACGAUGAGGUGGAACCAAUCAUUUUGUCAGUGGGAGAAGAAGAUGAAGUCUCCAUCCGGGAAGCGGCAGAGGCCAUCGCGGAGGCCAUGGAAUUCAGGGGAGAGCUCGUUUUUGACACCACCAAGUCCGAUGGGCAGUUCAAGAAGACGGCCAGCAAUGCCAAGCUCCGGCGGUACCUGCCCGGAUUCCAGUUCACACCCUUCAGGAAAGCUGUGAAGGAAACCUGUGCCUGGUUCAACGCCAACUAUGCCACUGCCAGGAAGUGAGAGCACCGGGACUGGGAUCACCCGGCACCGGGAUCAUCCUCUUCAACUCAGGGUUGUCCUUUGCUGGGGCAGAGGACGGGGCUGGGGGGGUGACAGUGACAUUUCCAAAGCAAAACCAGGAGCCUGGGGAGCAGCUCCCACAUUCCUGCCCCACUGCUGGGAGCGGCGCAGGACGCCCAGGGCAGGGGGGAGGAAGGUUGGGGCAUCCCAAAAAGAUCCCAAAUCAAGUGGGAGGAGCCAACUGGAGCCACAUCGCCGUGGCUGUGUCCAAGAGGGUGGUGGCUCUGAGCUGUUAAUGAGCUACACUAAUUACCUGCAAUUAGGUGUAAUAAACAGAAGGCAAUCAGGAUUCCAGGGCAUGGAAAUGGCAGCAGGGAAUUUGCCGCUGCUCUUGGCUCAUGGGGAUGAUCCCACAGCCCCCCAUCUCAGGAUAAGAAUGGAAAAGAUUGCAGCUGUAAAUGUGGCGUUUAUUAAAAUAUAUGCAAAAUAGCAUAAAA